CGAGUGGUGUCGCGACCAUAGAGUACACCACCGCUACUCCGACACCGACGCCGACCCGCACAACAUUAAUCGGGGUUUCUUUUUCGCACACAUGGGUUGGCUCAUGUGCCGAAAGCACCCCGAUGUUAUUGAGCAGGGUAAACUGGUGGACAUGAGCGAUCUGGCCGCUAACCCCGUAAUUAGUGUACAACGUAAAUUUUACGUGCCUUUAGUGGCGCUAAUAUGGGCCGCAUUUCCCACAUUAACGCCGUAUUAUAUGUGGGGAGAGGGGUUGUGGGAGGCGUGGUUUGUGUGCGUAAUGUUCCGGUAUGUUUUGAUAUUGAAUAUAACAUGGUGCGUUAAUAGCGCCGCCCAUUACUGGGGCUAUAAGCCAUACAAUAAGACCAUAAAUCCCGUGGAGUGUAAUAUACGGCACGUGAUGUUUGGCGAAGGGUUUCACAAUUAUCAUCAUACAUUUCCAUGGGACUAUAAGGCGAGUGAAUAUGGUCCAUUAGAUGGGUUCAACCCGGCCACAAUAUUCAUAAACACGAUGGCUGUGUUGGGUCAGGCGUACGAUUUGCGUCAACCCUCAGCCGAUAUGAUUGGAGAUAGACACGACGACACCGUCAGCCGACGGGCAGGUGAGAGCGCGACAGGAGUACUGUCGCUGCAGUUGGUGUGUGUGAGCGCGUACGGAGUGUUCACCGCCGGCUGGCCGGAGAGGAUCCGACGGUUCCGACGCUCGGAACUGCCACCAGCGAAGAGUAAGAGUAAGAGAAUAGGAAACAGUUGCGCACCGAUUCGGCCGUCACUCUACACGACACCAGUGACCGCCGCAAUACCAGAGACAACGGGCCAAGUCUCGUACAAAUAUAUUUAA